AUGCAGCUGACCGACAGCGACUCUUCUGAUAAUGAAUGCGCCUACGACACAACCAGCGUCAUGCUUGGGUACGCUUCGAGAAACCCAACUGAUGACGAUUUCAGUCAGCUUGGCGGCUUUCCAACAUGGCCAGACCCUCAGAAUCCUCCGUCAGCCCAUCUAGCAAAGUGCAAGACCUGUGACAGCUUGAUGUGCCUCCUGCUACAGCUCAAUGGUGAUCUACCGGACCAAUUUCCACAGCAUGAGCGUCGACUCUACAUUUUUGCAUGUAGGAACAAGCCUUGUCGAAGAAAGCCUGGGGUUGUCCGCGCUCUACGGGGUACGAAGAUCAAGCCUGGCAAGUCGAAAGAGACCGUUGGAAAAACACGAACCCAGAUAGACUCGGGCAAAGGGGCAGCUGCAGCCACAUCUCUCAAUCUAGGCAAUAGCAUCUUUACUCCGCGAACAAGCUCAUCCCCGUCGUCUAAUCCCUUCUCGCAAACUUCAAAUUCAUAUCAAAAUCCUUUCACAUCUCCCGCUUCUGCAUCCCCUUUGCCCUCUUCACCGCAGACGAAAGAACAUCCUACAAGUCGUCAGGCUAAGAUAGAAGAAUCUCUAGAAUUGCCUGCCACUUUUGCCGACAAGUUUCGUCUAUCAUCUGUGCCUGAUAAGUCUGUUCCAAGGGUCUCAUGGCCCACAGAGGUCUCACGUCCUCACGCAUACUCGUCGUACCAUCUUGAUGCCGAGCUUGAGUCGCUGGAGCCAAAUCCGCUGGUGUCAUCCACAUCAUCAGCUACUAAGCUCAAUGAAAACAACAGUGAAGGUCCUCAGGUGGAGGAACAAGACGACAGUAAAGCCGCUGCGGAGUCCGCAUUCGAGUCCACCAUCGACAGGACAUUCCAACAAUUUGCAGAUCGGCUGGCUCAGAAUCCGGAUCAGGUCCUCCGAUAUGAAUACAAUGGUCGACCUUUGCUAUACGCAGCCGAUGACAUAGUGGGUCAACAGCUUUCCACACAACCCUCGCACCACCUCCAGAAGAGAGACGCCAAGCUCACCACCAAAGCACAUUCAAUAAAGUUGCCCCCUUGCGAGCAUUGUGGAAUGGUCAGGGUGUUCGAGCUGCAACUCGUUCCACAGGCGAUUGUGGAGCUGGAGGCGGAGGAAACGGACUUGGAUGGGAUGGAGUGGGGGACGAUCCUUGUCGCAGUCUGCAGCCGCGAUUGCAUGUCAGAUGGAACCGGCUUGGGGGAAUGGUGGUUUGCUGAAGAGUGGGUAGGCGUUCAAUGGGAGGAGAAAGGAAAACUAGCGAAGUCGUGA